AUGGAUGCUGCGGAUGGAGGCGGCGUCGUCGCCUCAGUCGGCGAGCUGCUGGACGACGGCCUGGGGUUCGAGGUCGUCGAGGACGGCGAGGAGGCGGCAAGGGCCUCGGAGGAGCUGAAGCCGUCGCCCGCCGAACCGAUCACCAUCGAACCGAACUCUUUCUACUUGAGUACAGGCUUCGGCGACGGCGGGCAACAGCAGUGCGGUUUCGUGUGGCGUGCGCUGCGGGUCAUGGCCGCCCCCGAGCAGCUCGUGCGCGCGAGGCUCCUCUUCAGCGACGACGCGUACUGGAACUGGUGGGCGGGGUCUCCAGGCGUUGCGGGUGCAAUCUUCCCCAGCACUUUGCUGCGCGUCUGCGCGGACGACCCGCGCGGUGUGGAGGCACCCGCGGGAUGCGACGAGCUCAUCCACGUCUCGGACGCCCGCAGGCUGGAGGCAGAGGACGUCCCCGAUGUCUUCUCGAACUGCUUGCGCCGCAACCCCGGUGCGGUCUGGCCCGCGGACCUGCCGGGGCCGCGCGCGGCGCGGCUGGCCGCUCCCCGUCGGGCGGCGCGCCCGAAGAAGGAGAGUGCCGCGCCGCCGACGCCUGUCCCGGCAGGGCCGAGCGCGGCCAAGCACGCGGCCGAGGGUCACGACGCUCCUUUCGACGGGCUGCUCGGGGACAGUGCCCUGGCCGCGAGGGCUGCGGGCCUCCCUCUCGACCUGGAGCCCGCGCGGGACGAGCUACGGGCCAGGCUCGCUGCAGCGAGGGACUGGUUCGCCACGGCGGCGCCAGGGGCCGCCGCGGCUGGCGCCCCUCCAGUCAGGGCGGAGGCCGCGCCGAGCGAGGACAGGCCGAAGAAGCGGGGCCUCGCCGAGGCGCUCGCAGAGCGCAUGGCGAAGGUCGCCAAGGGCCCAGCCGAGGCGACGCGCGGCUCGGGCGGGCCAGCUGCUGCGGCUGCGGCCAGCGGGGGUGCUGCAGGAGAGGGCGCGAAGAAGCUGGCGACGGCGCCCAUGGCAGCGAAGAUGGCGCAGGACCAGCCCGGCAAGUUGUCAGAGCCCACGCCGAUGCAGAUGGCGGCGUUCCUCUGCGCCGUCGAGAGCGACGCGGCGGUGGACCCGACGACGGCGCUCCUGCCGCAGAACCCAGCGCCGCAGAUCGGAGUGGUUGCGCAUCGCGAGAUGCGGGCGCUGGCCGGGGCGAUCGACUUCCUCCUCCAGGGCAAGCCCACCACGCUGCGCAACGAGGAGGAGGAGAUGAUCCGCAGCAUCGAGCUCGGCGAGCUGAAGCUGGAAGAGCUCAGCAGCCGGCUUCGCAAGCCCCAGGGUCGAACGCGGGCGCCUGGCAAUCGCACGCCCGCCCGCCCGAAGGAGCCGAAGGGCAGCGCGAAGGAGGGCGAGAGGCCGCCUCACCAGCGCGUCGCGCAGCUCGACAAGACCGCAAAGAAGCUGCCCGCUGGAGGCUCACAGGCGCCGCUGAACUCCAAGGCGGCGAGGGAUGCGUCCCCGAAGAAGAAUGGCGAGACGUCGAUGGAGUACAAGGCGCGGCUGCGCAUCUUCAUGGCGGAGUCGCGCGGCCAGAAGCGGUGGCAGACGUUGCCGAGGCUGCUGGAGGUCGCGGUGCAGUUCGGCGCGACCAUCGCGGGCGUCGACACGGCAGUGCACCUCGCACAGCUCGCCGAGCGCCACCCCGGCAGCCUGGGGGACUUCUCGGGAGAAUUUGCAGAGCGCUUGUCCACACUUAGCGGGGGCGGCAGGCGCGUUCGUGACCUGUUGCCGCUGCCCCUGCCAAGUCCCCCGGCUGCCAGGCCCGGUGCGCGAGCAGAGAUGCUGGGCACGAGUGCAGAGCCAGGCCUAUCGCUCGGCAGUGGGGCGACCGUGGAUUGCGCGGGCGAGCCCAUGGCCAAGGCGUUGCCCUGCGCGCCCGCGGAGCUGGCGCCGGGCUCGCCGCAGCCCGAGCACACCGCAGCGCUGGGCGCCCUGGAAUUCGUGAAGCCCGACGUUGCCGAGUGGCCGACCUCGCCCGAGAAGGCCCUUUUUCCCGAGGCCGACUGGCCCGACCCCAUGCUUCGAACCAGGGCCGACGUCGCGGACGAGGACCAGCUCGCCAGGGCGCGGGACGAGCCGCUCUUGAACGGCCUCUUCGCUGUGGAAAUGAGGAGCAAGCCAGGGCCAGGCGCCGAGCGGGCCGCCAGGCUGAUCUUGAACAUGGUCCCUGGUCACGCCCUGCUCAAGCCGCAUGCCGGCGAGGCGUCGCUCCUCGCGGCGUCUACGAAUUGGGUGCCCCUGCAUACCCCCGAGGGGAAGUUGCUGCUGUGGUCGGGUGACGACCAGAAGGGGGCCUUCUUCGUCUGGAGAAUCCUUAAGGUGCACAUCGCGUCCGCGGCGAUUGCCGCGGGGUGGGCGUCGGCGGCCCCCGCCCCCCAGCACAUCCACCGCAGGCUGCGCCGUCAGCCGCCGCCCAGGGGCGCAGGGCUUCCGCCUGAGCUGGAGUGGCGGAAGGACGAAGCACGCCCGAUCGUCGAGCUGGGCAGCGGCCGCGAGGCCGGCUGGUGGCAGCUGCACAUCGGCGAUUUCGACGCGCCCGAGAUCGCGGACGAGGCGCGGGCGCGGCAGUUUGUGGACACCGAGGCGGACUGCCAGCAGCGCGUUCGGGAGAGCUACAAGCGCGCUGGCGCGGCCUACGCGGCGGAGAAGGCCCACCUGCGGGAAACGCGGGUUGAGCGCAUGGGGGCCGACGUGGAUGGCGUCAGCGGACGGCCGGCAGCGCCGCGCCCCAAGGUGCUGAGUUCCGCUGCCCUUUGCCUCGCGACUUUGUCGCAGGAGCGGGUGCCCUGGCGGGUGUGCAUGACGGCCCUCGGCAAGCUGGUGCGGGCUUUUGAGUUUAGACGCCCGCUCUUCGGCCUCCUCGACUCCGCAUGGUUUCUGUCGACGGCGCGAUCGACGGUCCGAUGCAAUGCCGAGAUGGUCGAGGAGCUCCUCUUGGGCCUUAUGUUGCUGCCCACAGCGGUCACCUCUCUCCGCGCCCGCAACGAGGGGAUGGUCACGGUCUCAGACGCCUCGGAGUUCGGGGGCGGGGCCUGCGCGUCCACGAGCCUUCGUGGGGAGGCGGCAUCGGCCCUCAAAUCCGUGGGUCAGGUCGCUGAUCACCUCGGCGUGGGCGCUCGGCUGCUAAACAUGCUUGUAGAUCCGCGGUGCCCCUGGACCGUGUCUCACCCGAGGAUCCCGAGGGCAGUUGCGUUGAAGGUGCUCAAUGUCCUAGUCGUUGGGCUCUUCGACGGCAUCGGCGGCCUCGCGGUGUCGCCCCCGAGGCUGCCCGUCAGGAUCGUCGCCUAUGUCACCGCCGAGACCGACGCGAAGGCCAGGCGAGUUGUCCGGCUGCGCUGGCCAGGCGCGAUCGAUUGGGGCGACGUGACGCGGGUGGACGAUAACUUGGUGCAGGACCUCUUUGACGCGUUCUCGGAGUCGGCGGACGCGUGCGUCGCUGGCGCGGGCAGCCCGCGCCAGGACCUCUUGCGCCUCAACGCGCGCGGUGGGGGCCUGCAUGGCCGCAAGAGCUCUCUGUUCUACGAGGUGCCCAGGAUCUUCCGGCUCCUGCAGCAGGCGUUCGGGCGGCUGCGGCUCUCCUGGCUCGGCCGGCAUCUCCAAGUGACACCGCCGCUGCGCCCUGCCGACAGGGGCUACUACAUCGAGGUCAUGACAGACAACGGGCCGCUGCUGGACAUCGAGUGGGGCCAGGGGGUUCGCUGGGCAGGGCGCCCGCCCCCCUUCCCAACGCUGGUGCGCUGCAGGCCCUUCCCGAGCUUCCCGUCGGCGCCGCGCGGCCUGGCCCCGGCAUCCAGCGAGGCGCGAGCGCGCUGGCAGGCUGAGUCGCCCCGCUAUCACGUCGCGAGGCACGAGGGGAAAAAUAUCGCCCAGGAUUGUUCUGGGAGGCUGCCAGGGAGGCUGCCAAGCUGCACGGAGCGAGAACGAUUGCUCGGGUUCGACGAGGGCUACACCGCGGUAGCCACGAAGAGCUCGAAGCCGCAGGCCGCCUCGGGCGCCAGGGCCUUCCUGCUUGGGAACAGCUCAGCGUCUAUGUGGUCGCAUGGGCGUUGCAGCACGUCCUCCUGGCGGAGUCCGCUUCGGCGCGCCCCCUUGUCCGUGCCCGAGAUCGCGCGCGUCGGCCAGCGCCGCGAGACCUGGGACCAGCGCGGCUGCUUCGAGGACAGCGCGGGCGACCCGAACACCGAGGGGGCCAGGCGUCUCGCCCUCCAAUACCUGAGCCGCGCGACGCACGCGCACAUCAACGCGAGAGAGGCGCAGGCGGCGCUGGCAGCCAUGCGAUGGCGAGCGCGGAAGUCAGCCCGGCACUGCACGCGGUGGCUUCACUUCGUCGACAAUCAGGUCGUGGCGGCCAUCGUGGCCAAGGGUCGGAGCAACAGCCGCCGCUUGCAGCCAGCGCUGAGGCGCUAUAUGGCCAUGGCGAUCGCGGCGGACGUGCACCCGCUGAUCGGCCACGUGGUCUCGGAGGACAACCCGGCGGACGAGCCGUCGCGCAAGCUGUGGCGCGGCUCGCGGCUCAGGAAGCGCGGCGAGGAGGUGCGUCUCCUGGGCGGCGAGGCAGAGGAUGCUGACAGCCUUGUCGCCAGCUGUUUGGAGGCGAUCUGGCAGAGCGGAGCAGGCAUCGCGCUGGCGAACAACACCGUCGUGGGCGUGUGCUUCCUGCUGUCCAAGCUGCGGCGGAGGCUGGACCUGUCGCGGGCGCUGCGGAAGGCCUGGCGUCGAGCGGAGCCUGCAGAGCGGGCGCCGUUCACGCCCGACAUCGUCGCGGGCAUGGCAGGCCUGGCGGCGGAGGCCGGGGCGUUCGACGUGAGCUGCCUGCUGCUCAUCAGCUUCGAAGGCCUGCUGCGUGGUGGCGAGGCCUUUGCGUUGACGACGGACGACGUUCUCGACCGAGGUGACUCAGUCGCGCUGCGGAUCAG